AUGGCCAAACGACUAUCUCGUCCGACAAAGAAAAGUGGUACCAGAAAAACAAAAAAGUCCACUAAACGUGGUCAAACGGCGUACAAUAUGUUUGUUAAAAGUGAACAACCACAACAACAUGGAAUCGUAGGAAAAGAAAAAGGUAGCAAGCGUGCAAAAUCUACUAAAAAACACGCCUCCAAAUCUGUCAAACGAUUAGUCUCAACAAAAAAACAAGCGUCAAAAUCAAGAAAAGCAUUUCAAUCGGCCAAGCGAUCAACUACAGUUAAAAAACAAAAUUCUGGAAUACGACAAGCGUCCAACUGGGACAUUCCAACUACAGGAUCAAAAUUAGGAAUGCAUAGUAAAACGAACAAAAAGCAAGCAAAUGAGCAAUUGCAUCAAUCAGCCAGUCGGACAUCUCAAAAAUCAGCUUCAAAAUAA